UUAAGACUCAUUGAUGGUGAAUGACGAAUAAAAGUCCAGAUCUAUUUAGAAGGUCAUAAUGUAUACAAUAAAAUAAUAGAGUUCCUAUAACCGCGAAUUUGUACCGACUCUGAAUAUUUGUGAAUUAAACAAAUAGAAUAAAACACACGUUCCAAAAAGCUCUAAAAUCGAAUAGUUUGUUUAAAUUAUCCAUUACUAAUUAAUAAAUAAAUAAAUGAUAAAAAAUAAUAAACUAUUGCCACAAUACCAUACACCGAGUCCAGCACCACUAAAGUUGCGGACAGAAAUUUCUUGGGAUAUUAAUGACGUGAUUAUUCCAAUUGUUAACGAAUUCGAUGAAUUUGAUGAGUGGGUUGAUGGCCAUCGCCGUCUAGUUUAUUCGGCGUCUAAUGAAGAUGCGAAAAAACAUUCAUCAGGCUGGGCCAUGCGUAACACAAACAAUCAUAAUAUCAACAUAUUAAAAAAGAGUUGUCUGGGAGUACUUUAUUGUUCGGCUAAAUGCAAACUGGCAAAUGGUAGCAAUAUAAAUUUACGUCCAGCAAUUUGUGAUAAAGCCCGCCGUAAACAGCAGGGUAGACAAUGCCCUAAUCGAAAUUGCUCAGGACGUUUGGAAAUACAACCUUGUAAAGGCCAUUGUGGUUAUCCGGUAACCCAUUUUUGGCGUCGAGCCAGUAAUGUUAUAUUUUUUCAAGCAAAAGGGACGCAUGACCAUCCAAAGCCCGAAGCCAAGGGGUCAACUGAAGCACGACGUCUUUUCGGUAAUAACCGACGUAUUCGCAAUACAUCUACUACGCUUACACAACGAAAAACUUCUCGCAAUAAUAAAUACCGCAGUACUAAUAACCACUUUAUGAACCCACAGCACCGGUUACAUGAAUUAGAAGAACAAAGGAACACAAAGAAUUAUUGUAGUAUUUAUGAAAGGUCUCACAACGUGGCUCCAUUUGCUCAAGAGCAAGAAAAUCUGGAACAGUCUAGACUUUUACCUACAGAAAUUACUCCUUUCAUGUCCUCAAAUGUAUGUUUAAAUACAACAACAUUAACGGAUAAUUUGAAUUUAAACCACAUGACUGCAGUUUCCAAUGUUAACAGACUUGAAAAUAAUUUUACAAUGCUCGAAAAUUGUGCACCGUCAUCUGCUAUGACAUCUUCAGUUUCCAUUUAUUACUCUCCUUCUAUGCAGAAUCAGCAAUUACAAAAUACGAUACAGAAAUCUAAAAUAAUGGACUUAAAUUCUACAAGCGAAACACAAUUCUAUACACCAGUUUAUCAUGAACCGCGCCGAUUCAAUGAAAAUUAUGAUGACACAUCCAGUGUUACUUCUAGUUCCGGCUACAAUUCAGAUGAUUAUUACUAUCCCUGCUUUGUGCCAUGUUCAGCCUCCUCGACCUCUCUAACUCUUGCCAGUAACCAACGCCAAGAAUUAGCAAGGUCAGUUGCUUACUUUGCAGCUCAAACUACUGAAAUAUAUAAUACAGUAUUUGAACCUGUUUCGAUGCAACAGAUUCAGCUACCUAAUGUUUCUAAAGAUUUUCAUUUCGACUUUAUUGAAGAAUAUCAAAACAUGAACUCCCAUGAAAAAAAUAUCGAAAAUCAUCAAACACAGUACCAGCACGCUACUUAUGAAAGCAACACAAAUUCUGAGUUUUAUUAUUCUGGGCACGAUAACGCAUGGAAUUAUUGUAUUUAAUUAUUUAAUUUGAAAUAAAUAAAACUAGUUUAAUAAUUUGGUUUGUAAAUAUAUACGUUUUGCUCACAACACAGGAAUAUCAAUCUAAUAAAAUCUAUUGUAAAUAAAUACAUUUGAAAAACAUAUGUAUAAAGGAGUGCUAAGUUUGGGUGUAAUCGAUCAUUUUAUAUAUUGCAAUUUGCGACGCUCCAAAACGGGGAAUAUUUUCAGCACUCAUACAAAUCAAUACAAACUGUAUAAAGUCAACUGCAAAAUCGAAAAGCAUUAUGUUGAAGUCACAGGAAAGUCUGGAUUGAUUGCAUUUACUUUGGAAAUUAAACUGGAGUACAGUGUGUUAAAAAAUUAGUGCUAAGUACACAAAAAUUUUUGAAACAGCUUUUUUAAUGAAGCAUGCUAAAAACCCCAAAUGAACUAUUAAAAAAACUGCAAGGUUUCAAAUACGAGUUGGGCGAGUUAAAUACGAGAUGUGCAAUGUAAUUUUUAUAAUUAUUUCCUAAUUCCAUUUUUCCUUACAAAGGAAAACGUUUUUUUUUGAACGCACUGUAUGUUUGAAAACAUGUUUAUAUAUUUGGUGUAAAGCCCAAUAGAACUACAAAAAUCCUUAUUUUCGUAUGUACUAAAUAGGAUCAAGUGCAGUUUAUAAAGUGAUUCCACUUCAUUUAAUUUGCUUAUAUAAUGUUUUGUUUUAAGCGAAUCGUUCCACUUUUAGUAUUUUUCAGUAUAAUUUUUGUAAUCGCUCAUUUUCACACUUUACGAUGGGAUUAAAUAAUCCAAUUAAGUUUAUAGACUGUGAUCCUUUGUACCAAAUUUUUUAUAUUGUAGUUUAAUUUUUCCCUUAGUUAUAGCAUAUUAUGGGCCUUCGCAUAACAUUUUGUGUGCCAAUUAACAUGUGUACAAGUUACAUAGAUUCGUUUUUGUCUUAUCGCUUACGAGCGCUGCUAUAUAUAUUUCUGGCCUAAUAAUGAAAAUAGGCAUAUUUAUUACCACCAAUCCACACGAGCCUUUUUUUGAGCGAUUGUCAAAUUGUGCGGGAUCCAACGAGAACAAACAUUUUUUACGGCCAGAUGUUCAUGCAAUAUCGAAUGUAUGCUGGUGGGAGAAAUGUAUAGGCAUGCCUCUAUCUGAAGGUUUGUUACAUGACGGUCUUGCAUUAUCAGUUCACGUACGGCAUCGAUGUUUUCUGGCACAACGGCUGUUUUUGAGCGAGCGUCGGCCACGAUUGAAUUCGUUGUACCAGUUUUUCUCAGUGCUAUAGGAUGGUGCUUCAUAGCCAUACAAAGAUUUAAGUUCAUCGAUGCACUCUUGUCGUGAUAAUCCACGUCGAAAGUUGUGAAAAAUGAUCGCACGAAAAUGUUCACGAGUUGGUUCCAUUUUUUGGCCGAGAUGAAUUUUUUAAUUCCCUGUAAAAAAACACUUAGUGUUGCCUAGUCCAAAAAUAUAUAUAGCAGCCUACGUAUAAUAGUUCUAAGAAUGUCUCGUUUAGGUUUUAUUUGUACAAAUAACCGUUACCGUUUCACAUUGCGCGAGUAUAACAAUAAUAUAGGGGUUUCACAGAGUCGCAAAAGUUAUAAGUUAUAAGGAUCCGAAAACAUAGCUUCAGAGUUGUAUUUGCGUGAACGGAUUUUAGUAAGCAAUCCAACACAAGAUUUUUACACUAGCAU